ACGAUAAUACCAAUCAAAAUAACUCUACUAGUACCACAAAGACUAUAUCAAAUAACAAAGAAAAAACUAGUACUCGUUCACUUAAAGGCUAUAUAACAGGCAGUAUAUCAACUGCAGUCUCUAGAUUACACAAACCCAACAAGCGGUCAACAGCCCAAGUCAAUAUUCUGGAUAUAAUACUACUCACCAAAAUACCCAGAUUGGCAGCAACAAAAAUAUCCCAAAUCUACACCAAUUAA